AUGAGCAGCGUUGAACCGAUGCUAAGCAUUUUUCAACGACUGCGUUAUUUCGAAGAGCCGUUUGCCUACAUCUGUAUGAACAAUCAAGUAACAACAUAUUGUUCCUAUUGCCUCAGGAAGCCCGCUAACAACAAACUGUACAGAUGCAACAAGUGUAAUUUUGCCAGAUACUGCAAUAAGGUAUUUCUUGUUUACUCUUGGCUGCUCCCUAAGCCGCGUCUUGCUUGGAAGCAGCAUCAUCGUGCGGAGUGUCGCCGACUUGAAGCUGUCUUUCCAAAUUUGCCACUCACUGAGGUGUUGUUCUUAAGCCGAAUCAUCGACAGAGUACUUUUCCUGGAGCAAAAUGGCGACAAAUGUGGAUGGGAGAAAAAUCGGAAAUGGACCGAUCUACUGUCACACCAAGAAGAUGUUCGAAAUGACCCGCCCAGAUAUGCACAUUUCGAGAAAAUUUACGGGAAAAUGGCAUUGUUCCGGAAGGAUGAGGUGAUCGAGAAGGACAAAUUCUUUGAAGUUUUUUGUAAAUCGGUAAUCAAUUCUCACUCGAUUCACACCAGUGCCGGCGAUGAAAUAGGCAUGGCGCUUGAUUUAGGAGUGUCGAUGUACGACCACUCGUGCCGCCCCAAUUGCUCUCUUGUUUUCGAUGGGUUCCGUGCUUGUCUCAGGCCGCUGACUCCCGAAACAAAUGCCGCCGACCCGAAGACCGCUUACAUCAGUUAUAUUGAUAUUGGCAGAUCACGCUAUCAGCGUCGCUUGGAGCUGAAGGGCAAAUGGUAUUUCCUCUGUAAGUGCGAACGAUGUACAGAUCCAGCCGAUGAUGUUUUGACCGCAAUGCGGUGCACCGCAGAGGAAUGUGAUGAGCCGCUGAUUGUAACGGAAGAACCAGAUGCAACUGAAGAUAUGGUGUGCCGGAAGUGCGGGACAGUGACCAGGGCUGAGCGGAUAAGAAAAUGCCAGCAUUUGAUGCUUUCUCUUCCUGCU